UCUGUCUUCUCCAUUAGACUGAGUUCUGUGAGAUCAGGGACCCACCCGUCUGCUUCGGGCAUCAUCUCAGGGUGGAGCACAGGACCUGACCCAGAGGAUGAAUGAGCAAAGAGAUGAACAUUCAGAGAAGGGGCAGGAACAAAAGAGCUGGUGCUCCGGGAAAUGGGAGAAGAGGACACCUCACAUGAGGCUGCAGCUGGUGUGGCCACUCCAGAGUCCUGGCUCCUUCUCCAUUGCCGGGCACCAGGUGCUCCGAAUCUCUGCGGCCGAUGAAGCCCAGGUACAGAUGGUGAAGGAGCUGGAGGACCUGGAGCACCUACAGCUGGAUUUUUGGAGGGGCCCUGCCCAGCCAGGCUCCCCCAUCGACGUCCGAGUGCCCUUCCCCAGCAUCCAGGCUGUCAAAGUCUUCCUGGAGGCCCGUGGCCUCAGAUACACAAUCAUGAUAGAGGACGUGCAGUCGCUGCUGGACGACGAGCAGGAGCAGAUGUUUGCCUCCCGGAGCCGGGCCCGCAGCACUAACACCUUUAACUAUGCCACCUACCACACCCUGGAGGAGAUCUAUGACUUCAUGGACUUGCUGGCGGCCGAGCACCCACAGCUUGUCAGCAAGCUCCAGAUCGGCAGCAGCUACGAAGGCCGUCCCAUCUACGUGCUGAAGUUCAGCACUGGGGGGAACAACCGUCCAGCCAUCUGGAUUGACACGGGCAUCCAUUCUCGGGAGUGGGUCACCCAGGCCAGUGGGGUCUGGUUUGCAAAGAAGAUCGCACAAGACUAUGGCCAGGACCCAGCUUUCACUGCCAUUCUGGACAACAUGGACAUAUUCUUGGAGAUCGUCACCAACCCUGAUGGUUUUGCCUUCACCCACAGCAAGAAUCGAAUGUGGCGCAAGACUCGAUCCCUGACGUCGGGCUCCACCUGCAUUGGGGUGGACCCCAACAGGAACUGGGACGCUGGCUUUGGGAAGGCCGGAUCCAGCAGCAACCCAUGCUCGGAAACUUACCGUGGCAAGUUUGCCAAUUCCGAAGUGGAGGUCAAGUCCAUCGUGGACUUUGUGAAAGAACACGGGAACAUCAAGGCCUUCAUCUCCAUCCACAGCUACUCCCAGCUCCUCUUGUAUCCCUUUGGCUACAAAAGAGAAUCACCUGCAGACAAGGAUGAGCUGGAUCAGGUGGCUAAGUCUGCUGUUGAGGCCCUGACCUCUCUGUAUGGGACCAAGUUCAAGUAUGGCAGCAUCAUCACAACAAUUUACCAAGCCAGUGGAGGCACCAUUGACUGGACCUACGACCAGGGCAUCAAGUACUCCUUCACCUUCGAGCUCCGGGACACCGGGCGCUAUGGCUUCCUGCUGCCGGCCUCCCAGAUCAUCCCCACGGCCCAGGAGACAUGGCUGGCACUUCUGACCAUCAUGGAGCACACGCUGAAUCACCCCUACUGACCCGGCCCUUCAGCGCUGUCUUCCUCCUCCUCUCCGUCCCCACCCAGGCAGCCAAAUAAAGUUUGAGUGUACAUGGACCAGAAUGGGGCU